GGGGAAGCGCUGCCGCCGCCGUCGCCACUAAACAAACCCGAGAGCGGCACCGGGGGGGGAGGAGGGGCCCUGCCGCUGAGGAGCCUUUCGAUGUGCCAAGCACGGCCGGCCAGCGAGGCUGAGCUCUGUGGGAGCACAGACACAAGGGCAAGAUGCCUGUGGUGUGGCCAACCCUUCUGGAUCUCAGCAGAGAUGAGUGCAAGAGGAUCCUCCGCAAACUGGAACUGGAAGCUUAUGCAGGUGUCAUCAGUGCCUUACGUGCACAGGGAGACCUCACGAAGGAGAAGAAGGAUCUUCUUGGAGAACUCUCUAAAGUGCUUAGUAUUUCAACGGAGCGACAUCGAGCCGAAGUUCGGAGAGCAGUGAAUGAUGAACGACUGACAACUAUUGCACACAAUAUGUCUGGACCAAACAGCUCCUCAGAAUGGUCUAUAGAAGGUCGUCGACUUGUGCCCCUGAUGCCACGCCUGGUCCCUCAGACAGCUUUUACUGUGACUGCAAAUGCUGUCGCCAACGCAGCCGUUCAGCACAACGCCUCCCUUCCGGUUCCUGCAGAAACUGGAAACAAAGAAGUGGUGGUUUGCUAUUCCUACACAAGUACCACUUCAACCCCAACAUCCACCCCUGUUCCAAGUGGCAGUGUAGCAACAGUGAAGUCCCCCAGACCUGCCAGUCCAGCCUCCAAUGUAGUCGUCUUGCCAAGUGGAAGUACUGUUUACGUCAAAAGUGUCAGCUGCUCAGAUGAUGAUGAAAAGCCCCGCAAGAGAAGGCGAACCAACUCCUCUAGUUCUUCUCCUGUUCUCCUGAAAGAAGUCCCAAAGGCAGUGACUCCUGUCACUAAAACUAUCACAGUGCCUGUAAGUGGCAGCCCCAAGAUGAGUAAUAUAAUGCAGAGCAUUGCCAACUCCUUGCCACCACACAUGUCUCCUGUGAAAAUAACCUUCACUAAGCCCUCAACACAGACAACAAACACAACAACACAGAAGGUGAUUAUAGUCACCACCUCUCCAAGCUCAACUUUUGUACCCAACAUCCUUUCCAAGUCCCACAACUAUGCAGCUGUUACAAAACUUGUCCCAACAUCAGUCAUUGCCUCAACUACUCAAAAGCAACCAGUGGUUAUUACUGCUUCUCAGUCCUCCUUGGUCAGCAGCAGCAGCAGCAGUAGCUGUUCCACUGCCUCCUGCACUGCAAAUACUAUUGCUGUGACUGCUGUAGUCUCCUCAACACCAUCAGUGGUUAUGUCAACAGUAGCACAAGGUGUGUCUACAUCAGCAAUUAAAGUUGCCUCUACCAGACUACCUUCCCCAAAAGGUUUGGUUGGGAACCCAACUCAGAUCUUAGCACAGUUUCCCAAACAGCAUCAGCAGUCCCCCAAACAGCAGCUGCACCAAGUACAACAGGCCCAACAACAACAGCAGCAACAACAGCAGCAACAACAACAACAACAGCAGCAGUUGGUGCCAUCUUCUGCAGCUCAACAGCAGCAACCACAACAAUCUCAGCUGCCACCUGGAAUCAAGCCCACUAUUCAGAUCAAACAGGAAUCAGGUGUUAAAAUAAUCACUCAACAGGUGCAGCCCAGUAAAAUCCUUCCCAAACCAGUUACAGCGGCCUUGCCCAGCAGUAGCAAUUCACCUAUUAUGGUGGUUAGCAGUAAUGGGACUAUCAUGACAACUAAACUGGUCACUACUCCCACUGGAACUCAAGCAACAUACACACGACCAACAGUGAGCCCCUCCAUAGGGGCUCGGAUGGCUGGGACUCCAGGGGCUGCUACUUAUGUGAAAACUACAAGUGGUAGCAUCAUAACUGUAGUACCAAAGUCACUGGCUACACUGGGAGGAAAGAUAAUCAGCAGUAAUAUUGUUUCUGGAACUACAACCAAAAUCACUACAAUUCCAAUGACUUCCAAACCCAAUGUGAUUGUUGUGCAAAAGACUACUGGAAAAGGAACUACAAUUCAAGGGCUUCCAGGCAAAAAUGUUGUCACAACGCUGUUGAAUGCUGGGGGGGAGAAAACAAUUCAGGCAGUGCCAGCAGGAGCAAAACCUGCUAUCAUCACUGCCACAAGACCCAUCACAAAAAUGAUUGUUACACAGCCAAAAGGAAUAGGGUCCACGGUCCAGCCAGCCACCAAAAUCAUCCCAACUAAAAUUGUUUAUGGUCAGCAAGGGAAAACGCAGGUUCUCAUAAAACCAAAGCCAGUGACAUUUCAAGCAACAGUUGUGAGUGAGCAGACCAGGCAGCUGGUGACUGAAACGUUACAGCAGGCCUCAAGGGUGACAGAGACAGGAAACUCAUCUCUUCCAGAAGUCAAAGAAGAACCACAAACCUACACUGACAGCAGUUCUUCUUCUACAGAGUCUUCCCAGAGCUCUCAAGAUUCUCAGCCUGUAGUUCAUGUGAUUGCUUCAAGAAGUCAAGAUUGGUCAGAACAUGAAAUUGCUGUGGACACAAGCCCUACAAUAAUUUACCAGGAUGUUUCCAGUGAAUCUCAGUCAGCUACUUCCACCAUAAAAGCUUUGCUGGAACUUCAGCAGACAACAGCAGUGAAGGAAAAGUUAGAAUCGAAGCCAAGGCAGCCAACAAUUGACUUGAGCCAAAUGGCUGUCCCAAUCCAGAUGACCCAAGAAAAGAGACAUUCUCCAGAAAGCCCUUCAAUUGCUGUAGUAGAGUCGGAAUUAGUUGCUGAAUACAUCACAACUGACUCAGGAAGACAACACUGUAUUGGUUCACAUUCGGAAGAAUAUCUACACAACCAUAUAGUCAGUCACCGGUCCCAGCCCCACCAGCAGUCAUCUCAACCCCAGAGGACUCUGCUGCAACACGUGGCUCAGUCACAGACAGCAACACAAACUUCUGUCGUGGUGAAAUCCAUCCCCGCAUCCUCCGCAGGAGCAAUUACCCACAUCAUGCAGCAGGCCUUAAGCAGUCACACUGCUUUUACCAAACACAGUGAACAACUUGGAACUGAGGAAGGAGAAGUGGAAGAGAUGGACACCUUAGAUCCUCAGACUGGCCUGUUCUACAGAUCUGCCCUGACACAAUCACAGGCACAAAAGCAGCAAAAACUGAGUCAGCCUCAGCUGGAACAGACUCAACUGCAAGUGAAAACUCUGCAGUGUUUCCAGACUAAGCAGAAGCAGACAAUCCACCUGCAGGCUGAUCAAAUCCAGCACAAACUCCCACAAAUGCCCCAGCUUUCUAUAAGGCAUCAAAAGCUAACCCCCCUGCAGCAAGAGCAAGCACAGACCAAACCAGAUGCACAGCACCCCCCCCACCACAUGAUGGCCAAAGAAAGGCAACUCCCUACCUUAGUGGCACAGCCACAGCAAACUGUAGUACAGGUGCUUGCAGUAAAAACCACGCAGCAGCUGCCCAAACUGCAACAGGCACCAACGGCACAAAAAAUCUACGUGCAACCCCAACCCCCCCAGAGUCAGAUGCAGCUACCUGCCUCUUCAGAGAAACAACCAGCAAGCCAGGUGCAGCAUCCAAUUAGAACGCAAGGAUCCACUGUUACAAAGAUAACUUUUGAGGGGCGUCAGCCUCCUUCUGUUUCCAAGGUAGCAGGUGACAGUUGUGUGCCCAAACUGGCCUUGCCAGUUACCAGCCUAUUUCCCACGCAGGCCUCCGUGAAGACAGCAGUAGCAGAUAUUUUGAAAGUGUCUAUGGUGGAAGCUCAGAUUGACACAAACCUAGAACAGCCAAUAGUGGAUCCCCCAGCCAUGGCCAGUAGUAAAGUCUCUAGAGAAGCAGAGCCAUCACCUUGUCCCCAGGUGACUGCGGUAGGGAUGACGGCAACUUCCAUCCCCCAGCAACAGCCACCUGCAGAAUCCAGUUCAAGCCCUCCUGCUGUUGGUCCUGCUGUAACAGAGGGGAAACUCGAUGCCCAAGGAAUGCCUACAACCAACCAGUUUGGACACAUCCCCAGUAUUCCGCAAAAGAAAGCUGAAGAGAGCUCCUCAGAGAUUGUUAUCCAGACACUCCCUCACUAUUCCAUCCCUUGUCACUCCAGCUCCAAUGUGGUAGUGGAACCCAGCGGGCUCCUGGAACUCAACAACUUUACCAGUCAACGCCUCGACGAUGAGGAGACGGCGAUGGAGCAAGAUGUGGACAGUAGCACUGAGGAUGGCACUGAGCUCAGCCCCUCUCGAAGUUCUGCUGAACAAUCCUAAGGAAUUGGGACACUGGAGUGCACUUUAAAACAUCUUGGGAUUUUUUUUUGAGGAUCCAAGAUGCCCUUUUCUUGUGAUGUCUUAGAGCACUUUGCCUGUUUAGAGGUUGUUCAUUGGACCCUUGAAGCAUCAGUGUGUUUUAACAAGACGGUAUUGCAAAAGCUGCAUCUUACAAAUUAUUCCAUAAAAAAAAAAAAAAAAAGAAAGGAAAAAAAAUAUGUAGUUACCCAGAUUUGGUAAACUUGUGACAGUGGAAUGUACUCCUGUUCAAAUCAAAUCUGCAGAGAAUUCUACAGCUCGUGCUAUUGAAGCCCUUGCCCAGCUACUGAAAAGGCUUUCAGUGAAAAGGGAUCUCGUUCUUUUGCUGUGUCUUUUUGUUAGCUGUUGAGCAAAACAGCAUCAAAAAAAGAAAAUGUUUAAUAAAUAUUUGUAUUU